GCUUCUGCGGGGGGUAUAAUAAGAGUCGGGGCACUUGAGAGUCUUGAAGUCAGUUUUGUGAAAUUCUCCCAAAGUGCAAGGACUGUUCUGCUUUAGAUUCAGCCUCAUCAGUGAUGGACUCUCAGUCUGAUUUGGAGGUGAUCUUAGAGUUCCUAGAGGAGUACUACAGGCAAAACGCUGGGGACAAUGUGGACAAGGUGAACUGGGCUGCAGGUGAGCCAGUAGAUGAAAGAAGUGCACCUGUGGAUGAGUCAAGCGAGCAGCGCUGGAUGUGCUAUGGGCCACCUAUCAUCAAACCUGCACUUCAGCCUCUGCUGGCACACGACACCCCGUCACCUCUCAGCCAGAACACAACAGCAACAUUGUGUGAGCAUGGGUCACUGCCAAACUUUGUAUCAACAAGACAACCAACCAAACACACAGUGGGGAGUGGUGGAAAGGUGCGACUCUUUCACUUUCUGUUUGAGAUGCUGGAGGAUCCAAACAUGGCCCACUGUGUGUCCUGGGUGCCAGCAGCAGCCGGUGUUUUCCGCUUCUCUUCCACGAACAAGGACCAGGUGGCAGCGCUGUGGGGGCAGAGAAAGGGCAACAAGAGGCCCAUGACUUACCAGAAGAUGUCCCGCGCCCUGAGGAACUACGCCCGCUCCGGAGAGAUCUUCAAGGUGAAGAAGAAGCUCACCUAUCAGUUCAGCAGAGAGACACUGAUGUUACUGCAGAAGUGUCAACGAGGAGAUUUGUAAUGUGGACUAGAUUCUGUGUAGCUCAUAUCAUCUCAUAUAAAACUCUAAAUGUGUUCUUUUUUUUUUAAAGUCUACGACCUUUCACUUUCUGUUAUGAGUUUGGCAAACUGCAUUUACAUAUCAGGUUUUCUUGAAGUAAGUACAUGCAUUCAGUUUGUGGUGUAAAU